AUGUCCCAAGUGAAUGCUGCGCUUCGACGUUUGUGUUACCGACGACAGCGGGAGACACGAAGCAGCUUAUUGCCUUUUCUUUUUGGACUUUAAACCGCCGGUUUCACCCGUACAGCUGUCAAAGUAUUCGGCGAUAUAGUAGCGGACUCCAUCUGUGUAUCUUCACUUUUAAUAAUGCCUCGAGGCGGGAAAAAGGGCCACAAGGGCCGAGGAAAGCAGUUCAGCAACCCCGAGGAGAUUGACAGACAGAUGAAAGCGCAGCGAGAGUUGGAAGAAAAUGCUGGUGCAGAAAAAGAGAGCUCUGCAGAGUCUGAGGAAGAGAGCAGCAGUGAUGAAGAGUCUGAGUCAAGGAGGAGGAGUGGAGUGGAGGGUCUUAUAGAGAUUGAGAAUCCAAACCGUGUGUCUCAGAAGAGCAAGAAAGUGACUGAAGUCGACGUCAGUGCUCCCAGAGAGCUGACUCGCAGAGAGAGAGAGGAGAUAGAGAAGCAGAAAUCAAAGGAGCGCUACAUGAAGCUCCAUCUGGAGGGGAAGACUGAGCAGGCCAGGGCCGACCUCGCCAGGCUAGCCAUCAUCAAGAAACAGAGGGAGGAAGCUGCCAAGAAGCGGGACGAACUCAGGAAAGAAAAAGAAGCCGAAGAAGCCAAAGCAAAACGCUAGUCCUCCAUCCGCUUCGUCAUGCACUUCAGUCUCAGAGUGAUGGAGAGAGAAGGAGAUCUGGAGGAGGAGAAUGGGGGAGGGGACCAAUACAAGUGUUGUCAGAUCAGGGGUGCUCCUGAACUCCUGUCCCUCAUUUCAAAUCAGAGGGGUGUGGGUCUUCCAUGACAGUGUGGUCAGGACAGGGAAAAUGGGUGGAGCAAAGCGAGGUGAAGAGGAAUGCAACAUUUGGGAUGCCUCUAGUUUUCUUUAAACUUUGUUGAAGUUUGAGGAGGAGAUGAUUGCAGGUUUUCCAAGUGCUUCACUGCCUCUUUACUCCUCCCCACCCACCAGGGUUUUAAUUCUAAAGCUGCUGAAGUUAUUUCCAUUCCUUUUGAUUCAUACAUUUUUACAAGGUUACAUAAUUCGAGUUUACUUAGUGACUGAGCAGGUAUUACAGUGAGUGUGCAUGGGGAUUUCUUUGGUGCUUCACUUUUCCUUCCAUCUCACCUGUUUUGUAAGAAGGCAAAUCAGUGAAAGAUGGAGAAAAGAACACUAUUCAGAGGAUAAUCUGAUAUCUAGGAAAUAUACUGUUUAGUUAAAUAUUUUGUUCUGGAUCAAAAAUGGCAUGCUGCACCACAGCUGAGUGGGUAUGUUUUCAUGAUGCAAUGGAAUAAUUUUCACCAGAACACGACCCAAAUUAUUCUGCUUUUCCCACCAGCUUUAUAUUUGUCACACUUAUUGGUUUUGCCUUGAUUUGAGCUUGUUUUAAUUUGACAAUUUACAGAAUUGGAAGAAUUACCUGACCUAUCUACCAUUAUAAGUUUAGAGAGUAGUAAAUAUUUAGUUUCUUUUUGCUGUCUCAUGGAUCGUUCCCAAACCCAAACUUUACUCCCUUGGAUCAACUUAUAGCUGUCAGUGUCUCAUCAUGUGUUUUGUUAUCCUUUGCUCAGAGCACCAGGAAUAUUACUUGAAUUGCCUUUAAUAAGCAGUUUUUAAGUUGUUAAACAUCAGUGCUGGAAAGCAUUGUCUCAAACUGCCUCAGUGACUGUGGCCUUGCCCUGUUUCUGAUGGGAUCCUCUGUGGUUCUGUGGGAGGGAUUGCUUCUUCUGUUGCCUUUUCAGAGUUUACACAAGACCAGUUGAUGGUCUUUCUCCUGUAAUCAAAGCACUGCAAAGGACCUACACUGAGUUAGUUUAUUAGGUAUUCUACAUCAGCACCACUACAAACAGUCUCCAGGUUUAUCACAGACAGCUCAACCCAUCUUUGACUGCGACUUUCUAAACUUCACAAAGACAGGAUGUACUGCAGGGCAUUUGUAUUGUUUAGACUGCACGGGGGUAAAUGCUAACUCAGUAUGUGGUAGAUUUGGAUCUGCCUUGAUCAGGAAAACUGUGCUCAAUAUAAUAUGGAAGUAGCUUAAAGAACAAAGCAGUUGGAACCACAGAGUGUGAGAAACGUAGCCACAGCAUAAAAACGAAUGCCACAAGUUUUCCAUCAUCUAUUUGAAGUCAUUUUUAAAAAAUAAAUUCAUUAAGA